AAUAAAGGUUGUCUAUAAAGAGUCUAUCCGUCAAACAUGGCGCUCGUGUCAAGUGUUUUUCUUUUAUACGUCGCUAUUUUACCUGCUAAAGAAUUGUGAAAAAUUGCAAUAAAACACUAGAAUUAUUUGCAAAAACUUGUUAUAUACGCGUCCAUAAGCAGCAAAUCGAUAUUGAAUGUAUAUUUUCUAUGUCGUCGAAGCAGUUGAAUGCAUUGAAAUAUGUCCGGUUUAUGUGAAAAAAGAAAGAACUAAAACGCAAAAGCAUAAAACUAAAAAAUAAUCAAAGGAAUUAAGUCCAAAUAUAAAAUAUUCCAAACAACGCAAACGUAAUCCAUUCAAGUUUCAUUUGAUUUUUGUGUAAUAAAAAAAGAAAGUGGGGAAGGUGCGGCGCAGUGCUUAGAGCAGCGCUUUGUGGUGCACACGAAGCAAAGGCUAAUAACAAAUAUAGUAUUUCGCUAGUUGUUGUUAACGCGUCGCAAGGCUCCAACGUCGACUUCGUCACUCGUUUGCUACGCCGUUCACCGUUCGCCGUUGUCGUGCUGUUUGGCGUUCUCACUUAUCGCACAUCCGACCGUCAUUCAUAUCGUCAACGUUGUUUCCGUUGUCGUCAAAGUCAACAACAAUAAUAACUACAACAACAACCACAACAACAACUGGAACGUUAACAACACUCACCGACUGCCUGUUGGGGGGGUGGAGCACGUCAAGUGCGGCGUUCGCCGGAGGAUAUAUUCACAAGCAAAACUAUUCACUAUACUCCCACAGCGCCCCAGCGCCGCAGCGAUAGAAUAGCAGCCGUCUUUGGAGGCCGCGGCAUUCAGUGGCGCACCACCACCACCAGCAGUAAGGCCAAGCGGCGGUUCACACAAACUGAAAAACUCUGUUUCGCGCGCGUUAUUCAGAGCUGUUUUUUUGGUUUUGUGGGUAAUUUCUGCGUUUUCGCCAUUCCAUGCUUUGUGGAAUUAAAUCCGCAUAGCCACAGAAAAACUCGAGUAUACAUAAAAUCGCACAUUGACGUGGAGAGUGUAAACAGGCUUACACCAAAAGGAAUAUAUACUUAACUAAAGUACACCAUGUCAACUGAUAAAAUCAAAGUUGCUGUGAGGGUGCGACCCUUCAAUCGUCGCGAAAUCGAGCUGGGCACAAAAUGCAUUGUGGAGAUGGAAAAACAGCAGACAAUUCUGCAAAAUCCACCAUCACUGGACAAAUUAGAGAGGAAGCCUCCCAAGACAUUUGCAUUCGAUCAUUGCUUCUACUCUUUAAAUCCCGAAGAUACGAAUUUCGCUUCACAAGAAUCCGUAUUCAAUUGUGUGGGACGUGAUAUACUCGAUAAUGCAUUCCAAGGCUACAAUGCCUGCAUAUUUGCCUACGGUCAAACAGGCUCCGGCAAAUCAUAUACGAUGAUGGGUUCACUUGAGUCCAAAGGCAUCAUACCACGCCUGUGCGAUGAACUCUUCUCUGCUAUUGCCAACAAAACCACACAGGAUCUCAUGUACAAAGUGGAAGUGUCCUAUAUGGAAAUUUACAAUGAGAAAGUGCACGACCUACUCGAUCCCAAACCAAAUAAACAGUCGCUUAAAGUGCGUGAGCACAAUGUGCUCGGCCCGUAUGUGGACGGCUUGUCCCAAUUGGCAGUGUCCUCGUACAAGGACAUCGAUAAUCUGAUGACGGAGGGCAACAAAUCGCGUACAGUAGCUGCUACCAACAUGAAUGCGGAAUCGUCACGUUCGCAUGCCGUUUUCUCGGUGGUGCUAACACAGAUUCUGACCGAUCAGGCGACUGGUGUGAGUGGUGAAAAAGUGUCACGAAUGUCGCUAGUGGAUUUGGCUGGUUCGGAGCGCGCUGUAAAGACGGGUGCUGUGGGUGAUCGGCUGAAAGAGGGUUCCAACAUUAAUAAAUCACUUACCACCUUGGGUUUGGUUAUCUCGAAGCUGGCCGAUCAAUCGAACGGCAAGAAGGGCGGCAACGACAAAUUUGUACCCUAUCGCGAUUCAGUGCUCACUUGGCUGCUGAAGGACAAUUUGGGUGGCAACUCAAAGACGGUAAUGGUUGCCACCAUUUCACCUUCAGCCGAUAACUACGAAGAGACACUUUCCACGCUGCGCUAUGCCGAUCGCGCCAAACGCAUUGUCAAUCACGCUGUGGUCAACGAGGACCCGAAUGCGCGCAUCAUACGCGAAUUGCGACUAGAAGUGGAGGCGUUGCGCAAUAUGUUAAAGCAUGCCACCGGUUCGCCUGUGGGCGAUGUGCAGCGCGUGGACAUACACGACAAGUUGGCCGAAAGUGAGAAUCUAAUGAAGCAAAUCUCACAAACGUGGGAGGAGAAACUGGUGAAAACCGAACGCAUACAAAAUGAACGUCAGCAGGCGCUCGAAAAGAUGGGCAUCAGCGUGCAGGCGAGCGGCAUUAAAGUGGAGAAGAAUAAAUACUAUUUAGUUAAUUUGAACGCUGAUCCGUCCCUCAAUGAAUUGUUGGUUUAUUAUUUGAAGGAGCGCACUUUAAUUGGUGGUCAUAGCAUUUCCGGCCAACAACCUGACAUACAACUAUCCGGCCUUGGUAUACAACCUGAACACUGUGUCAUUGUAAUUGAAGAUGGCGGCCUUUUCAUGGAGCCCAUACAGGGUGCACGUUGCUUUGUGAAUGGCUCGGCAGUGCUGGAGAAAAUCCCACUGCACAAUGGCGACCGUAUACUGUGGGGCAAUCAUCAUUUCUUCCGUGUUAAUUGCCCGAAAAGCGCCAAUGCCAAUAUGAUUUCGGAGCCACAAACACCAGCGCAGCUAAUUGACUAUAACUUUGCGCGCGAUGAGAUCAUGCAAAACGAGCUGAGCAAUGAUCCCAUACAAACCGCCAUUGCGCGGCUAGAGCGCCAGCACGAGGAGGACAAGCAGGUGGCGUUGGAGAAGCAGAGACAGGAGUACGAGCGGCAAUUCCAGCAGUUGCGCAACACAUUAUCGCCCAGCACACCUUACGCGCCAUAUGCGCCAUAUGAUCCUUUGCGUUUGGGUAAAAUUACACCGAACACACCUACGUCGCAAAUGCGCGUAGAGAAGUGGGCGCAGGAACGCGAUGAGAUGUUCAAGCGUUCACUGGGCCAACUGAAAAACGAUAUUAUGCGCGCUAAUGCAUUGGUGCAGGAGGCCAACUUCCUUGCCGAGGAGAUGGAGAAGAAAACAAAAUUCUCAGUGACGCUGCAAAUACCGCCAGCCAAUCUUAGCCCAAAUAGAAGGCGCGGCGCCUUUGUUAGUGAGCCGGCCAUCUUGGUUAAACGCACUAAUUCCGGCAGUCAAAUUUGGACCAUGGAGAAAUUGGAAAACAAGUUGAUUGAUAUGCGCGAAAUGUAUCAGGAACACAAGGAGCGCAUUCUAAAUGGUUUGCCUGUCGUUGAAACGUACUCAGACGAUGAAGAUAGUGACGAGGAAAGUGAGAAUUCCAAAUCGUUGGAUCCGUUCUAUGAGUCGCAGGAGAAUCACAAUUUGAUCGGUGUCGCCAAUAUUUUCCUUGAAGUACUCUUCCAUGAUGUGAAAUUGGACUAUCACACGCCCAUCAUUAGUCAACAAGGUGAAGUUGCUGGCCGACUUCAAGUCGAAAUUCAACGCAUUGCCGGUCAAAUGCCACAAGAUCGCAUGUGCGAAUCGAUUUCCGAGUCAUCGACCGAUUCGCGUGACGAAUACGAUGAUCCCGUCGAUCCAAUGUCCAAUCAAAUAACUUGCCGUGUCUCCAUAAAAAGCGCCACCGGCUUGCCACUCUCCCUCUCCAAUUUCGUUUUCUGCCAAUACACUUUUUGGGGCAAUCAAGAGACUGUGGUGCCUGUCAUCAAUGCCGAAGCGCCGUCGCACGAUCAAAAUAUGGUUUUUAAAUUCGAACAUAGUAAAGAUUUCACUGUGACCAUCAAUGAGGAGUUUCUUGAGCACUGCAUCGAAGGUGCUUUAUCGAUUGAGGUUUGGGGUCACCGCAGCGCCGGUUUCUCCAAAACCAAGGGCUGGGAAGUCGAGCAACAGCAGGCUAAAGCGCGCUCGCUAGUCGACCGUUGGGCGGAGUUGUCGCGUAAAAUCGAACUCUGGGUGGAAAUACACGAGCUGAAUGACAACGGUGAAUAUUCGCCUGUGGAAGUGACAAAUCGCACGGAGGUACUCACUGGUGGUAUCUAUCAGCUAAGGCAAGGACAACAGCGGCGCGUUAAUGUGCGCGUCAAACCUGUACAAAAUUCGGGCACAUUGCCCAUUAUUUGUCAGUCCAUUGUAAAUAUUGCAAUUGGCAGUAUUUGUGUACGUUCACGGCUACAACGCCCACUAGACUCGUACCAGGAGGAAGAUCUCACAGUGCUGCGCGAAAAAUGGAGUGAAGCGCUUGGCCGACGGCGGCAGUAUCUGGAUCAGCAGAUACAAAAGCUGAUUAAGAAGGAGGAUAAGAGCGAAGAGGAGCGUGAACGUGAGUUGAGUUUGGUGCAUCAAUGGGUGUCGCUGACCGAGGAGCGGAAUGCCGUGUUGGUGCCCGCGCCAGGCUCUGGCAUACCAGGUGCGCCAGCCUCUUGGGACCCGCCAGCCGGCAUGGAGCCUCAUGUGCCCGUGUUGUUCCUCAAUCUAAAUGCCGAUGAUAUGUCAGCACAGAAUACCAAUGACGAAUUCUCGGUUGCUGGGCUAAACUCGAUACUCUCCAAAGAACAUGGUCAUAAAUUCUAUACUCUACAAAUACUGCAACAUCUGGAGAAGGAUGUGUGCUCGAUUGCCAGUUGGGAUUCGUCGAUGCACGACAGUCAGGCAUUGAAUCGUGUUACCGAGGCUAAUGAGCGGGUCUACUUAAUAUUGCGCACAACUGUGCGUCUCUCACAUCCGGCGCCCAUGGAUCUGGUGCUGCGCAAACGCAUUAGCAUAAACAUAAAGAAGGGCCAAAGUAUUACAGAUCGGCUGAAAAAGUUCCGUUUGGUGCGUGGUGAGAAUGCCAUUUUGCAAACGGGUGUCACCUAUGAAGUGGUCUCAAACAUACCAAAAGCAUCGGAGGAGUUGGAGGAUCGCGAGUCGUUGGCACAGCUGGCCGCAAGCGGCGAUGACUGCUCCGCAAGCGAUGGCGAAACGUACAUCGAAAAAUACACACGCGGCGUGUCUGCUGUGGAGAGCAUAUUGACGCUCGAUCGCUUGCGUCAAAGUGUGGCGGUCAAGGAGUUGGAAACUGCGCACGGCCAACCGCUGUCGAUGCGCAAGACUGUCAGUGUGCCCAAUUUCUCACAGGCGGUUAAAGAGACAACAACUGGAAGUCUUAUGCGUUUCGAUGCCUCUAUGGAAUCGCUGCUAAAUGUUGGACGCUCUGAAUCAUUCGCUGAUCUCAACAAUCAAACGCUAAACGGCAAAUUUCCAGCACAUCAAGCAAUACGCGACUUUGGCACACGCAAUCGGCAUAGCUUUGGCGGCAAAUCGAGCAACGAUGACCCACCGUGCAAACCAUUUGGCAUUGCUUCGCCGGCCACCAGCAAGCUGCUGGGCAUGCGCAUGACGACACUGCACGAAGAACCGCUGGGCGUGCAUCGCGCACUGGCCGAAGAGCCCGAAGACAGCUACAGCGAUUCGGAAUACACAGCCGAAUAUGAGCUGGAGAAGAACCAACAGAACAACUAUCAUACGCGCUCGCGGCUCACCGCCUCGAAAACAAUGGACUCGUUCAUGGACGUCAGCAAUCAUUCCAAUAACAGCUACUUGAGUUACACGUCCAGUGCCAAUGCGAAUAUGAAGCAUUUAACCGGCCUGGCUACGCCCAGCAUGAGUUCGUCCACAUCGAGCGGCUAUGGAUCGCAGGCGGUAUCGUGCAGCAAUUUGACGAACGAUGAUAUCGCUUCUAUGCGUUCGAUGAGCAUUGAUGAGACACCAGACUUUAAUUCCAAUUCGCCUCCCAACCGUCAGGCGCGUUUCAAUCCUUUCCUGAAAGACAUGCCCAAGUCAAAUGGGAAUAAACAACAACAGCAAACGCAAUCAACGACACCACAUCCAGCGGCAAACGAAGAGCAGAACGAAAUGCCACAAACACAAUUGAAAGUAACACCGGAAACCGCAACACACACAGAACCAACUGCAGAAAUCAUAGCAACACUCAAUGACAAUGACGCCAACAACACAAACAAUGCAAUGCUGCCAAACACUAUACCAAAAGCACAAUACACAGCUGCCAAUGCUGACGUCACCGCAUUCAUGGCAAACACCAUAAACGAUGAUGAUGUUGUUGAACUUAAAAACAAUAAUAAUUGCGAGACAACAACUACAGCAGCCCUGCUGAAUAACAAGCACAACAAUAGUGAGAACAACAAAAAUACAACAAAUACAACAGAAAAAUGUAUCAGCAUGAACAUUGCUACAGACAAUCAAAAUGGCAAUGACACGAUGAACACUGCACCGGCGUUGGAGGGUGAACAACAACAACAACACCAACAGACAUUGGAGGGUAAUGGUAUAGUGCGCGGCCAACUGCCGCCCGGAAAAGUGGUGCGCCGCAAAAAGACACCGCCUCAAGGUGUUAAUGCUAUGUCCAGCAGUGUUAUAAGUACGAACAACAAUGGCGGUGCGUCGCGUACACAAUUGCAACGCGCCUCAGUGGCACAAAUGGAGGGCAUAAUGACGUCGUCAAAUGAUCGGCUGGAUGUGUCGAUGACAGGCAGCAUGGAACUGGAAGCUGAAAUCGAGGUUUCACUUCCUGACUGGGUGCAAGUUGGUGAAUCAGUGCUAAUUCGACCUUACAAUACGAGCGGCGUGAUCAGCUAUAUCGGCACCACACAUUUCCAAGCUGGCACUUGGAUUGGCGUAGAGCUGGACACUCCCACUGGCAAGAACGAUGGCACCGUGCAGGGUAUACAAUAUUUCCAAUGUAAAUCCAAGCAUGGCAUAUUUGUGCGCUACGACAAGUUGAUACUGGACAAGCGCGGCAAAGCUAUGCGCGCCUACAAAGCGGAGAAAAUCAGCAGUAAAGAAUCGGCUAUGACGCGCUCAAAGAGUCGCGGUGAAUCUUUGGCCAGCGUAGGUGGCGCCACGUCGUCACGCAAAUGAUUAUAUCCCAAAUGUUCGCAUCAAAUGCACCGCUGGGC